CUCUAUCUUUUGUUCGAACUUUGAACAUUGAGAGAAGAGUUUUAAUUUUUGGGAGAAAUCAAAAAAAUGUCGAGACGAAGUGCUAGGCCAAGAAGCACAAGAGCUCAAGGGGGAAAUAAGUCCAAGGACAGUGAUGCUGGCGCUGUAAAGGAUCUGUUGAAGGAAGACACCAUUUCUGGGUUUCCCCAAAAAUCCUCUUCUCCACCUCCGGACCUCGCACAACUGAUUACUCGAACUAUUACCCAUAAGUAUGAAACUCGACGGACAAAGGAAUUUUUAUCCAAAUCCAGUGUUGCAAGUAGGGCCUUGGUAUCUUCACGUUCUAGCUUGGAGCAACCUCAACGUACUCCCUUGAGGUCUGCAUGUUCUCUUUUGAAGAGGGCCCAGGCCACUGGAAUCUCAGGUUCUGCAUUGGAAUAUCAGGCCAUAAAAGUGAUCAAUGCCUCCAGCAAGCCUAAUGGAUCUGUCAUUGCAUCUGAUGUGAAUCAUCCCGUAAGUGGCAUUGCCAAUGAACCAGAAAACAAAAGUGACCAGAUUCCUACUCCUGCUGCUGCUGCUGCCGUUCAUCCAACAAAAUCUGAUAAUUUCCCCCUCACUGAGAUACUGCUUGCAGGGUCUGAUGACGAUGAGGAUGUAACCUCAACCCAAAGUUCUUUGCUAGAGAUUGUUAGUGGGUACAAGUUGAGCUCGAGAAUGGUACCUUUUGUCAAGCAAAUCUUUGCGAAAUAUGGUGAUAUCGUGAAAGAUAGCAUAUUCAAAUCAGUCGAAUACCGCUCUUCUGUACUAGAGACUAUAUGCAGCAUUUGUAUCAGGUUGAAGUCAGUGAAGUUCCAGGACAUCACUUGUCAAGAACUCCAAUCCAUGCUCAACGUAGUGAACGAUCUUGAACCUGUCAAGGUAGAAAUCGGAUGGCUCCAAAGCAGGUUGAAGGAACUCUGUGAAGCAAAAAGCCUCAAGAGGGGGUUUCCCGGCUUGCUAAUUAUAAAAACGAAGACCCUCCAAGAGAUUGAAGGAAUGAAGAAAGCAAUGGAGGACGCCAGGCAGGAAUACGAAGUGUGCCUGGCUAAAUGCCAACUCUCGCAAGAGAGGCUCAAGAAGCUUGAAGAUGCGGUAGCCACUGCACAAGUUGAGGUAGAGAAAAUCGAUGCAAGUUACUCAGACACUAAGACCAAACUGAGAUGCUUCUACACCGGUUCUCUGCUGCAGGAUGUUCUUUAAUCUUUUCCGGCCCACUGCUAACUUCAAUAUCGUUCUCUUUAGAGACGCUCGUAUGUCUAGUUUGGUCGUACGUUAGUUUAUUUACUAAGAAGUAGAUGCUAUAUGACCCCUCUCUUUUAUGGAUAUAUCGAUUAACUUAUGAUUUGCUAGACCCCCAUUUUGUUGGUUUAUUCACAAUGGAGCAUCAGGGUGCAGCCAUCUUGUGAUGUGGUUUUUCUUAUGAAUCUUAUAUCAGUAGCGUGAUCUUCAGUUAGUGAACAUAUAUGCCCAUAUAUAUCAGACAUCUUGGCCUCAUUGUUCUUGGAAAGGGACCAUCAACGAACUUAAAAGGCAAUAAAAAGGACCUCUUGGG